AUGUCAAGAACAACAAUCAAGCAAGUGCUUUGCAGCUCCGACACCGACGAAAGGCCGACGAUCGGUCUAAAGGAUGGGAGAAGUGGCAGAAGAAGGAGAAAAAGAAGGGCCGUUAUCGGGAUGUUUAGAUUGAGGCUUGUCAAGAGCUCAUUUUCACCUGCAAGAUUGUUGAGGCGUUUCGGAAUGAAACUUGCGAGAGCGUUGCGGUUCGUAUCGAUCCGAAGGAAGUCUUCGCAUAAGGUUUCUUCUUCGAAUCUUCCAAGGUCACGGUCGUUGGCCGAGUCUAUCGACUCUCAUCAUGCCGAAGCUAUAGAAGAUUGCAUCGAGUUCUUGAAUUCUUCUUCAUCUUUGUCAAGAUCAAACUCGGUUUCCACAUGCUCUUGCUAG